AUGUCUUCAUUAUGUUCGAUCGAAAGAUGUACUCGAACAUCACGUGGUUUGUGUGAUUGUUGCCAACAAAAUCUUUGUUUACAACAUUUAAAUGAACAUAAUGCUUUACUCACUGUUCAACUGAAUCCUUUAACUGAUGAAAUUAAUACACUUAGAGAUCGUCUUAAAACACUCAAUAUUCAAAAAACAAUUGCGGAUAGUCGUCAAAAACUUGAACAAUGGCGUCAAAAUUGUUAUAAGAAGAUUGAUUGUUUUUUUGAACAAAAAUGUCAAGAACUUGAUCAACUUAUUAAUGAAAAAGUUAGCCAACAACGAGAAGAACUAAAUCAAAUAUACUUGAAGAUAAUUGAACUCAUCAAUGCACAAGAAGCAACUCGUCAAGAUAUCGAUUUAUUGACAUCAACUAUUCGUCAACUCGAAAGAAAUAUGAACAAUAUCGAACAAACAUGUUUUACAAUCGAUACUCGUCCAUUACUAAUAGAUGACACGUUGAUUUUCAUUAAAACAACUGAACAUGAACUUGAUCUAUCAACUCUUUCACCUAUCUACAAAACAGUUCAUCAUUCUGAGGAAAGUUUUCGAUCAUUAACUAGCAACAAUCGAUACUUACUGAUACAUCAAUAUCCAAAUUUAUGUUUAUUUGAUAGAGAAAUGAACAUAGUCAAACAAAUGUUAUGGUCCUACGAUGCAAUUCAGGAUAUGUGUUGGUCAUCAACAUUAGAUCGAUUUAUUGUCCUUGGAGAAAAUAACAUCUUUCUCAUAAAUGAAAAUACAAUGUCAAUUGAUAAUAUGAACACAAUCGAAGAGCGAAACUGGAAAUCAUGUACAUGUUCUGAUACAGUUCUCUUUGCAAGCACAAAUGGAUGGGCUUCAUCUAUUAUCGAAUUCAAUCUAUACUCAGCAAUCGAACUGAUUAGAGAAUGGGAAUAUCCUAUUACAUGUUCGAAAGAUGAAAUUAUUCAUGAUAUUGCUUAUAAUAACGAAAAUCUCGCUCUGAUCGUUAAGAAUAAAUCCGAAAUGUCGCUACGCAUUGAACUGAGAUGUGCGAAGACGCUCGAUUGCAUCUGGUUACUUCAACUUGAUAUUGAAUGUCUCUACAAUACAGCAUUUUGCUGUUGUUCACUUACUUGUAAUGAAUGGCUCAUUAUUGACUAUGAGACUCAACGCUUGGUGCAGAUUACAAAAGAUGGAAAACUAAAGAAAACAAUUAAAUAUCAUCCGAUUCCUUACUGUGCUACUCUGUUCAACCUAAAUAAGCUAGCUAUAUCGACUGUGAAUAACAUAAACUUGCAUACAAUUCAAUAA